UCUCAUGAUGAAUUCUUCAACUUCAAGACCUUCUCUGAAUAUUUCUGAUUAUUAUGGUGACUAUUAUUAUUAUCCUCACGAUGCCUCCACCUGCAGCAUGGAGAAAAUUAAGACAUUUACAUCUGUAGUUUUUGCAGUCUUUUACAGCCUAUUAUUUGUGUUUGGCUUGGUGGGAAACAUCUUGGUCAUUUGGAUCCUAGUAGCUUGCAAGAAACUGACUAGCGUGACUGAUGUGUAUCUGCUGAACCUCGCCAUCUCUGACUUACUGUUUGUUUUCUCCCUCCCUUUCCUGGCUCACUAUUCUUUAGGGCAAUGGAUUUUUGGAAAUAUAAUGUGUAAAAUAGUAUGUGGUAGUUACUACAUGGGUUUCUAUAGCAGUAUAUUCUUAAUAACCGUGAUGAGCAUAGACAGGUACUUGGGCAUUGUUCAUACUAUACACGCUCUCAAAAUUCGAACAAUUUCACGUGGCAUAAUUAUAAGCAUGGCAUUGUGGGUAUGUGUAGUAUUAAUUUCCAUUCCAAACCUUAUAUAUAUCAAGGAGGUCAUUGAUGAUAAUGCUACAAAAUGUGUGCCUUAUUAUGCUGAUAAUAACCAAACCUGGAAGCUUUUGACUAAUUUUGAAGUCAAUGUAAUAGGCCUCUUGAUCCCUCUUGGCAUUCUCAUUUUCUGCUAUUCCCACAUCUUGAAAAACUUGAAGAAGUGCCAGACCCGCAACAGGUAUAAAGCAAUAAAACUGGUUUUUGUUGUCGUCAUUGUUUUUUUCCUGUUCUGGAUGCCCUACAACAUUGUGCUUUUCCUGGACAGUCUGCGAAGCCUGCGUAUCAUAGAUGACUGUGAGACAAGCAAAAAGCUAGAUGUGGCUCUAGAAGUGACUGAAGUUUUGUCCUUUAUCCACUGCUGCUUGAACCCAGUGAUCUAUGCUUUAGUGGGUGAAAGGUUCAAGAAGUAUCUUCAUGAAAUAUUUGGAAAAUAUACAAGAUUCUUUCUGAUUUGCAAAAACCACAGCAUCUUUCAGAGUUAUCGUAGUUUCAAGAGUUCCACUGUCCAUGCAUCAUCCACACACACUUCCUCUGUUGAUCAUGUGCUAUAAAUGGGCCAUGUGCAUCCCAUGCGGAUUUUAGGGAAGAAUUUGAGGUGAUGCAGGGAAGUAUCAGUGACUAACAAAACUACCACGGGCACUUUAUGUAAAUAUGUACUUUGUGGUAAGUUGAGGAGCAUUAUUUAGUUUUCAACAUAGGUGUUUAGGUACAUUAGUGAUGCAUAUGGUAUAAAAACUUACAUAUUAUUUGUCAGCUCUUAUUAAAUGUAUUUGUUUCAUGUUAAGUGAUGAAUUUCCUAACAGGGAGAAUUAGGCUAUUAUCAGUACUAUUCAUUAGUUAACCCUAGAACUUGUCCUUGGGGGACCUAUGGAUUGGUGCUAGACAUGCCUGAAUUAAUUUAUUUCUAAAUUUAUUCUGAAUUUAUUUUUGUUUUAUAAUAUAGGGCAAAAGUUUUCCCAAUUAUAUUAUAGCAACGUGUUGAGAAAAUAAAAUGUUUCCUGUAGUAUCUUGCUCUUUUCUGUUUGAGUC